GUGAUGAGAUAACAUUCUUCCGUCAUCGCCAUCAAAGGUCGCAUCGUCAAAGAAAAUCGUAUAUUGUAAUUAUUUCUUUUUACGGAUUGCAUCGUUCAAAAAAGAUUAUUUUUACGUGAAAAAGUGUUCUGAUAAAACGUGUGGUGCGGAAAUCUGUUAAUCUGUAGAAUUUAUCAAUAUUUGCGUUCUGCAAAGUGAAAAACUUCGAUAUCAAAAUAGUGCAAAAAGUGCUGCGUUUGACCAAUCAUCAAUCAUCAUUGCCCAAUGGCUGGUACCAUCAUCGACGAUGCAGCGAAAAGGAUUCGCUCGUCAGCUCCACCGCCAGAAGCGGAGCGCGAAUUCGAGUUCUUCCGGGUGGGCAGCGACCGGCGCUGUGACAAGCCGAUAACGACGAUCCUCUUCGAUCUGGACAACACGCUCAUACCGACCCGGAAGGGAGACGCGAAGGCUUGUGGCAAGAUCGCCGACCUACUUCAUAACGAAUAUAAACUGCCACGAAACGUCUCCACCGCAGUCAGCACAACCUUCCUGACGUCUUACCGGCGUUGUCCGGACAACCUGGACCUCCCCCUCGCACAGUGGCGCACCCAGAUGUGGGAGGAUGCGCUCCCUACCGGCCACAAACAGCUGGCCGCUCAGUUGUACCGACGAUGGGCCGAAUACCGCACCCGAUACCUAAGUCCGAGCCCGGAAAUCAUCUCCAUGCUGCAGACCCUUCGGCUUCAGUACCUGCUGGGCGUGGUCACCAAUGGGCCAUCCGCUUCCCAGUGGGAAAAGAUUGACAGGUUGGCUUUGGGUCGUUAUUUCGAUUGUAUUCUAGUUUCCGCAGAUCUGCCGUGGGCCAAACCGGACCGCAACAUCUUCUACGCGGCCUGCCACUAUCUGGGGGUGCAGCCGGAAGAAUGUGUCAUUAUCGGUGACAAGCUGGAAACCGACAUUCAGCUGUCGCCAGAGCACGAAACUAGCUGCGCUGUUUGCCAGCCAUGCAAGCGUUCUCUCAUGGAGUUCUAUCGCUUCAGGGCUCGCGCCAAACGCGUUGACGAAUUAAUCAAAUCUAGCCAAUUGACUAGCGAAACCGAUAAGACUGAACAUGAAGAAACACAAACCGUAGCUGAAAACAAUCAAUUCGAGGAACCGAUGAAUAAACCCCUAGACCAAUCCAAGGAAACUCUCGUUAACGUUGACGUUCAUACGGGAGAUUCCCAAAUAACCACAAGCACAAACAAUCAUAAGAAACCUUCGAAGGUAACCGGUGAGACGCGAAAGAGACCACUUCUGCUCGGUGAACUACGACCCUCGGGAGACUUCCUGGCCGUUGGUGUGAAGCGACCCCGGCCGAAGCUGAUCCCUACACCGGUGAUUAUUGCCUCGGUUAGCGCAACCGGCGGCGGGAAGUACCGCUGCCGUUACUGUCCAAAGUCUUUCAAAACUGCCGCCGGAUUAACGGAACACUCGCGCAAUCACAACCGGCCACACCAGUGUCCGAACUGUCUGGAACAGUUCCAACAUGCACCGUCGCUGGCCAGACACAUCCGCAAUCGGACGUGCUUCACGUUCACCAAGUAUCGAUGCCGGGUUUGCACCGAGAGCUUCCUGGAGCAGACCGACUGGGCCGAACACAUCAAGAUUCACGCGGACGACUUUCCCUACCAAUGUCAGGAGUGUUUGUCGCAAUUCAAGCACAAGGCUACGCUGCGCCGUCACGUGAACACCGUUCACCUGCUGCAGUACUAGGGCUGGGGUUUGCGAUGGACGCUCGAAAUUAAUCGCUUAGUACUACUAAUCUCCUUUCGGGUGAGUAUUUUUUAGAAAAUACAUUAUUUUGUGCAAUGUACCGAACCAAGGCUUACCGCCUUAAUGGAUUUAAGACAUAUAACAGCGAACAACCUUGCAUCAUCGCGAACGCUCACGAUGCAAAGGUUUUUUUUCCUACUAGCGAUGAACACGUGUGAUUUGGUAAAAUAUUUGAUCUGCAGAAAAGUAGAGUUACACCCGUUUUUGAACAGUUGCGACAAAAAACUGUCUAAUCGCUAUGCAGCACAAUAGAUAUCGAUCUGAGGUGUUGUGUUUCAUAUCUCUUCUAACGAUUUAAAAAAAACUGGCGCAACUGAGAUGUUUGUACUUUGAGUCACAGUUGUUAAAUUCGAACGCAAUUUUUUCCCAAUAAACUAAACAGUACAUUUAAGAUUUCUAAAUCGCACAAAAGGUACUCUUUGAAAUAGUGAAAAUUAUAGUAUUUAUUUAUUGUGAUUUAUAUUUCUCUAGCCGAAGUAAAUUUAAGUUGCCAAUACAAACCGAA